UGAUCUAUGUUUAUGGUGUUUCUAUUUUUUCAUUUAAUUAUAAAUUUUGUUACUAUCGUUAAAAAGUUCCGGUUAAUUUAAUUAUUGAUCGAUCAAUCAAUUAUCCCGUUAAUUAUGUAAGCGUACAUAGUUAUCCUUUGAAUAGAAUUAUAACGGAAUAUAUAUAUAUAUAUAUAUAUAUAUAUAUAUCGUAAUCAUAAAUGGCGUUUUAAGUAUGGUUCUGUGUUAAGAAAUAACUCUCGAAGUUAGGUGCUCUCAAGGUUGGGAAAGUCUUAGCACAUGCAUUCUUUAUGGCGAGUCGGAUGAAGAAAUGAAUAAAGGCAAAGCGUGAACGAGAUCUCUAGCAGCGAAAGUAAAUGCAUUUAUAUGCGUAUACAUAUAUACGUUAGGUGAGCGUGAAACAUACCGAUGAGAGAAAGAGAGAAAAAGAGAGAGAGAGAAAGAGAGAAAGAGAGAAAGAAAGAGGGAAUCCAUAUUCUGUUUAAGAAAACAAAGGGUUUGAGUUCGUGAACACGUUUGGUGCAAGGAACGAUCGACGACCGGUCGAAGGACGAUCGAAAGGAGAACGGUUAUCGUUGUUAACUUAUGUAUAUAUAUAUAUAUAUAUAAUUUCAUUCUUUACGCAUUGCACGAUUCCUCGCUCCUUUUUUGUCUAAACCGUUCCGUUAUAAAUUCAAGUCCCCGAUGUCUUCCGAAGUCGCGCUAUCAAGUAUUCCACUCGCGAGGAAAUUAAUUUUCUAGUCGACCAACUGAGGGGAAGAAAGUCGAGACAAGAAUAUUGCAUAUGCAAUACAGAUAAUCUACUACUCGAUCAUGUUCAAUUUCAAUUUCCAAUUUCUUCAAUAGUUGCACGGUUACAUAGUUCGAUUACGUGUCUUCUACAUUCGAUACGUUCCGCUUUUAUUAUUUAUUCCAACAUGCUUAUUAUUAUACAUUAAACUUCUCAGGCACGAUACAAGUUCUCACAACUUAUACCGACGAACUCGGUGUACGAACAUCGAGAAAGUGGUGUGCCUUUGGAAUGGGGUAAAAAAAAUGAUACAUCAUUGUUACUCCGUUCGCUCGAGGAAAAUAACGUCAUGGAUAUGUCACGAUUGAAUUCGAAGGAAAAUACAGAAGAAGUAGAAGAAGAAGAAGAAGAAGAAGAAGAAGACGACGUAGCCGAUGAGUGUGAUUACGAAACCAAUGCUAAAUCGGAAAUUUCUUCUGAUUAUAUUAAAGAGCAAUCGAAAUGCAAACGACCGAUACACGAACGUAAUCCACUUUCAAAUGUCGAGGGUCUUCACAAUUCUAGGGAUCACGAAUACGACGAAAAUCAUUCGACGAAUCAGUAUGAUUCAUAUUAUUAUUACGAGGAUUAUGAUAACAAUAAUCGAUCGCAAUAUAAAACCGUAGACGAAGAACUUAUAAACGAGGACAAAGAAGAAGACGAUUCGAUCUCUAAAACAAAUACAGAUGCUAAAGAAGUGACCUCGAUGGAGGGUAGCAAUAAAAACUUUGCCUUUAUGGAGCCACCGAAACUAUUAUCGUCAUCGGAUGAUUCUGAUGAAUUAGAAAGUCCGAUCUUGAUCGGUGAAGCUAUUGUAUCUGUAGUAACAACAAAAAGUGUCGUCAAUGGAACGAUUUCUAUUCCAACGAGCACACCAACACCAAUGACUACUGAACAAGUAGCACCACCACCGUCAUUGACCAAAGAAAAAUCUAUUGAUGAUCGAAUAUUAGAAAGUACUACGACUGAGGAUUCCAGGGUAUUGGCUUUUGUACAAACUAGUCGUAGCGUAAAUGGUGCACGUUUUCUACCAUUUCCGGUGAUAGACCGAGUCGUACGAAUAAAUAAUGAUGCUGCAGCCAUGACCCCAAUAAAAAAAACAUUUCCACCUCCAGAAUCAACGGAAAGCAUUAUCGAUAAACUUGACAGAGUGCAAUCUGAAUUAUCAAGUGGUUUCCUUGUUGGUGGCUUUAGAACAGCUGGUAAUGCAUUGCAGUUGGAUGUUUUAAAUGAUAGAGAUCGUACAAGUCGUCGUAAAUAUGUUACAUCUACGAGCGGUAGUAGUACUACUACUACUAGCAAAACGCCUAUUAUUAGUAAAUUUGUACCUAGAAGAUAUAACGACAAGAGAUUUGAUCGUACGAAUGUUAACAACUCUUCUGAAGGGUUCUUACAUGAUUCUGAUUCCAAUGGGAUGAUUACUAGUACGGCACGAGCGAAGAUAGCCUUCAAAUGGCCUUCUGGAAAAACUACAACACCAUUAAAUUUGGAUGAAAUAAAGUCUACGACUCAGCCUAGUACAGCUGCUAUUAAAAAGACCAACACACAAAUCAUCUUUCAAGAUGUCAAAUCUUUCUUACCGCCUGGAUUUAAAUUAUCGAAAGAAGAUCGACAGGAAAUAACAGAACGUAGUGCUCUGAGCGAUAUCUUAGCUAAAUCAAAGAUUGACGUUUCUAAACUUUUGCCAGCUGAUUAUAAUAAAAAGAAAAAUAUAGAAGAAGAAAUAACAGUUGCUAGUGUCGAUUCAUCGAAUAAUUUUACUACAGAAAAGAUAUCCAUUCAAAAUCUUUUUGCCAAUUCGAAGUUUGAUGUGACUGCUUUGUUACCUCGUGAUUAUACGGAAAAAGUGACUAAUUCAUCAGGCUCAAAGAACAAUGAAUCGAGUGAUUCUAAUAAUAACAAUUCGACUUUAACGAGCACUGAACCGACUACAGCUAAAGCUGGUGGUUUGAAAAUUGUAUUUCCUAGCAGACCAGGUGGACGAAAACUUGGUCAUAAAAUUACAACUCCUCAGAGCCAUCGAAUCGAUGGACUUCCUGCAAUUACUCCACGUAUACAAAAGGGAUGGCCAACUAGAGCUACCACUGAGUUUACUGGCUGGCCAACUCCAUCUACUACUCCAAUUUCAAUUGAAAAACUCUUGGAAGUCGCUAGAACUGCAACGGAUAUUUCUGUGAACAUGUCAGUCGUCGAAACUACAAGUGCCGUUUCAAUAACGUCUACGACAACUACAACAACGACGACACCAAGAUCAACGACUAUUGGAAUAUGCGAGGAAGAGUGUGAAGUUGCUGGUACUAUACGAAUAAUUGGUAAUACUAUUUGGGUACCAGAGUUACUCGAUCGUAACACUCAGGAAUGGCAGCAACUUGCAAACGAGAUUGAAAGAGAUAUGAAUUUCGUCUUUUCAAAGUCUACAGUUUUAAUGAAUUGGUAUAAAAAGAUAAGAAUCGAUUCGUUCAGCCAAGGUAGUAUUCUGGUAGACUUUUUCAUUGAACUCGUGAACUUACCGCAAAGAAUCAACACGCAAGAAUUGAAAGUAAUAUUUCACGAUUCUUUAAGAACGUAUAAUUCAAGUCGUUGGAAUGAAACUAAGGGGAAAGGAGAUAUGAAGUUAGGUGUAUUCACGAUAGAUCCUAAAUCUACAGAUUUUGUAGUGAUACCUAAGGUUCCUUUCUCUAAUAUAAUUGAAAACGAAGAUAGAUUAAUACCUCAGUGGGCAGUUGUUAUGAUAGUCAUUGGUAUUGGAGGAUUAUUAUUCAUUAUAGUAUUCGGUGUUUCCGUGCUGGUCAAUCGUCAAAAUGGUUCAAAGUUGAAACCCUCUGUGUCUACUAUUUAUGAAGAUGGAAUUGGAAAAAAUAUAUUGGGAAAUUCACAUGCAACGUCGUUAAAUAGAUCUAAUGAUUAUCCGAAGCAAAUACAUACAAUAUGGACUGAUCCAGAUGUCUCGUGGAACGAUAAAUCAUUUGAAUCGACGUCUAAUAAGGUAUUAGUAGACAGAUCAUUUCAAGAAGGUAAAAAAUAUAACCUCCACGAUAGUUGGCGAUCUGAAUGGAAUGGAUAUUAUUCUAAUCCAUCACACGGAAAUAAUGAUUACGGCGGCUAUCAUCAUCAUCAUCAUCAUCAACAUCCAGAUUAUGAUACGAAUUUUUAAAAUUGAUAACAAUAAACUGUUAUCUCUGUAAUUUAUAAGUUAA